CACCAGCCAUUACUGUCAUUAACAAGCCCUACGUAAGAUAAUAAAAUUACGAUAUACAAUAUUGUAGAACAAUAUAUUCGGUGAGAAAUCAGAAUUUUAAAAGACGUAUGUACCGAGGAAAUACGUUAGAAGUGGUUGUUUUGGUCAAACCUCUCGUGGAAAAAAAUGGUAUAAGUUCAAUCUUUGAAUCCCAGGCUUUUUCGUGCCCAUAAAUUGGAGUUGUCUGCUUCUCUUCUCCAUCACUUUUUGGUCUACGAGGCAAACCUAGUUUAUCAGCAACACACCCUUUUCGUUCCGUCUCUUAGCUUUAUCCAAACACCAUGUCGGUGGUUGCUGAUAACUCCGCAAACAGUGGAAACCACCAAGUGGUUUUAAAUGUGAACGGUGAAACCCCCAAAAAGUGUGAUCCCUCAGCCAACCAAGACUGUGUUCCUCUCCUGCAGAAGUUGGUAGCAGAGGUGGUGGGAACGUACUUUUUGAUAUUUGCAGGGUGUGCUUCGGUUGUGGUGAACCUUGACAAGGACAGAGUGAUAACACAACCUGGGAUUUCAAUUGUUUGGGGACUCACUGUUAUGGUUUUGGUUUACUCUGUCGGUCACAUCUCUGGCGCUCAUUUCAACCCUGCUGUAACCAUUGCUCAUGCUUCCACCAGAAGGUUUCCACUGAAGCAGGUACCAGCUUAUGUGAUAGCUCAGGUGGUUGGAUCCACACUUGCUAGUGGAACUCUGAGACUUAUAUUCAAUGGCAGGAAUGACCAUUUCGCAGGAACACUCCCCGCUGGUUCUGACUUGCAAUCUUUUGUGAUCGAAUUCAUAAUCACUUUUUAUCUCAUGUUUGUCAUUUCUGGAGUUGCCACCGAUAACAGAGCGAUUGGUGAGUUGGCAGGGCUUGCAGUUGGAUCUACGGUACUGCUAAACGUGAUGUUUGCCGGGCCAAUCACAGGGGCAUCGAUGAAUCCAGCAAGAAGCUUAGGGCCUGCAAUUGUGCACAAUGAGUACAGAGGAAUAUGGAUAUAUCUGGUGUCAACAACUCUUGGAGCUGUGGCGGGUGCAUGGGCCUACAAUUUCAUCAGAUACACAAACAAGCCAGUGCGUGAAAUCACUAAGAGUGCCUCUUUCCUCAAAGGUGCUCAAACCGACUGAUUCAACACCAAAAUGCAAGCAUUUUCCUUCUUUUUUUUUUCUUUUUCUUUUAUCUUAUGUUAAAGUUCGCCAUGGAUUAGGGUUAAAAUGCGAGGAAGAGUCACUGAUUUAGUGCCAGAUAAUCCUGUAUAAUAUACCUAGAGGAUAUCAAAAACACAGAUUCUCCUUCUCUAUGCAUGCAUCGAUAUUGGAUAAAA